AGCAAAAUGGCGGCUGUUUGGCUUCGCCCUGGUAACCUUGCCCCUGCCGGGCGGGACCGGUGAGCCCCGUGUAGUGGGAGGGAGGGGAGAGCGGAGGACGCCAUUUUCCCAGAGAGAGGCAGUGACAUAGAGGUAGCGUAGGAGUCUGAGAGGAGGGAGACAGGAGCAGCAGCGGCAGCGGGGUUUGUACUUAGGUCCCAAGGCAAAGGCGCUUCCCAGCUGGUCCCUGCAGGGUUCUGAGUGCCAAGCCGGUCUGGGGGACCCCUCUGCUCACUCCUCUUUCCCAGAGUCAGCUGAGGGCUACGUCCUGCCCAGGCUAGGGACAUCCGCAGUGGGGCCGUUGCAUUGUUUUGGUUGGGAUAGGAAAGGGGCUCAGCUAAGGGGGAGCUGCUGCCUGGCCUGUGAUCAUUACAGGGUUUGUGGAUGCACUUAGAUGUUUGCAAUGAGCACUGUGGCUGGCAUGCCCCAGUGUUUUGGAUACCAAUGCACAGGACUCCGUAGUAAUCGAAUUUAUCAGAAACGAACGUCAUGAGCAUAGUGAUCCCGUUUGGGGUUGACACAGCAGAAACUUCUUAUUUGGAAAUGGCUGCAGGCUCAGAACCAGAAUCUGUAGAAGCUAGCCCUGUGGUAGUCGAAAAAUCAAACAGUUAUCCACACCAGUUAUAUACCAGCAGUUCUCAUCACUCUCACAGUUACAUUGGUUUGCCUUAUGCGGACCAUAACUAUGGUGCUCGUCCUCCUCCAACGCCUCCAGCAUCUCCUCCUCCAUCAGUUCUUAUCAGCAAGAAUGAAGUAGGCAUAUUUACCACUCCCAAUUUUGAUGAAACUUCCAGUGCUACUACCAUCAGCACAUCAGAGGAUGGAAGCUAUGGAACUGAUAUUACCAGGUGCAUUUGUGGUUUUACCCAUGAUGAUGGAUACAUGAUUUGUUGUGACAAAUGCAGUGUUUGGCAGCACAUUGACUGCAUGGGGAUUGACAGGCAGCAUAUUCCUGAUAUCUAUCUGUGUGAACGUUGUCAACCUAGAAGUUUAGAUAAAGAAAGGGCAGUGCUGCUGCAGCGAAGAAAAAGGGAAAACAUGUCAGAUGGGGAUACAAGUGCAACAGAAAGUGGUGAUGAAGUUCCUGUGGAACUGUAUACUGCUUUUCAACACACACCAACUACAAUUACUCUAACUGCUACAAGGGUUACUAAGGUUAAUGACAAGAAAAGGAAAAAAAGUGGGGAGAAAGAGCAGAACAUUGCAAAAUGUAAAAAGGCUUUUCGCGAAGGAUCUAGGAAAUCUUCAAGAGUUAAGGGUUCAGCUCCAGAGAUUGAUCCUUCUGACAGUUCAAACUUUGGAUGGGAAACUAAAAUCAAGGCAUGGAUGGAUCGUUAUGAAGAAGCAAAUAAUAACCAGUACAGCGAGGGUGUUCAGAGAGAGGCACAAAGAAUAGCUCUGAGACUAGGCAAUGGAAAUGACAAAAACGAAAUUAGCACCAGCAAUCUGAUCUUCAAACCUCCAGUAGAGAGCUAUGUGCAAAAAAACAAGAAAAUUCUAAAAGCUGCCAAAGACUUGCCUCCAGAUGCGCUUAUUAUUGAAUAUAGAGGAAAGUUCAUGCUGAGAGAACAAUUUGAAGCUAAUGGGUAUUUCUUUAAAAGGCCAUACCCUUUUGUUUUGUUCUAUUCCAAAUUCCAUGGACUAGAAAUGUGUGUUGAUGCAAGAACCUUUGGAAAUGAAGCUCGAUUCAUUAGACGGUCUUGUACACCCAAUGCGGAGGUGAGACAUGUAAUUGAAGAUGGAACAAUUCAUCUUUAUAUUUACUCCAUCCAAAACAUUCCAAAGGGAACAGAAAUUACUAUCGCAUUUGAUUUUGAUUAUGGAAAUUGUAAAUACAAAGUGGAUUGCGCUUGCCUCAAAGAAAAUCCUGAAUGUCCAGUUCUUAAACAUGGUUCCGAACCUACAGAAAACAUAAAUACUGGAUAUGAGACCAGAAGGAAAAAGGGAAAGAGAGAGAAGGACCUUUCAAGAGAAAAGGAAACACAAAAUCAGAACAUCACACUGGAUUGUGAAGGAGCAGCCACCAAAAUGAAGAUUCCUGAUAAUAAGCAGAGGAGACUUUCUCCCCUCAGGCUAUCCAUUUCCAAUAAUCAGGAGCCAGAUUUUAUUGAGGAUAUAGAAGAAAAAACUCCUAUUAGCAAUGAAGUAGAAAUGGAAUCAGAGGAGCAGAUUGCAGAAAGGAAAAGGAAGAUGACAAGAGAAGAACGGAAAAUGGAAGCUAUUCUGCAAGCUUUUGCCAGACUAGAGAAAAGAGAAAAAAGAAGAGAACAGGCUUUGGAAAGAAUCAGCACAGCUAAAACGGAGGUUAAAUCAGAAUGCAAGGAAUCACAGAUUAUCAGUGACACAGAGUUUAUUCAGGAAUCAGCAAAAGAGGAAACUGCCACCAAGCCAACCCCUGCCAAAGUUAAUAGAGCUAAACAAAGAAAAAGCUUCUCUCGGAGCAGAACACAUAUUGGACAGCAGCGUAGACGACACAGAACUGUCAGCACGUGUUCAGAUAUCCAGCCAUCUUCUCCAGAUGUGGAAGUUGCUUCACAACAGAAUGAACCUGAGAACACUGCACUUGCAGCUGAGCCUGAAACAGAAACUACUAUUGCAGAAAUAGUUACUGAAACAGAAGUUCCAGCACUUAAUAAAUGCCCUGCUAAGUAUCCUAAAACAAAGAAGCACUUGGUCAGUGAAUGGUUAAGUGAGAAGAAUGAGAAGACAGGAAAGCCAAUAGACAGCAUUUCUGAAAGGCCUCUGCGUAUAACUACAGAUCCUGAAGUUCUGGCUACGCAACUGAAUUCUUUACCAGGUCUCACUUACAGUCCACAUGUAUAUUCUACUCCUAAGCACUAUAUUCGUUUUACUUCACCAUUCCUUUCAGAAAAAAGGAGGAGAAAAGAACCCAUGGAAAACAUUACUGGCUCUUGCAAGAAGCGUUGGUUGAAGCAAGCUUUGGAAGAAGAAAACUCAGCAGUACUAGACAAAUUUAAUUCUCCAUCUCAAGAAAGAUCUAGAAGUCCUGUGAUCAAUGGUGAAAAUAAAAGUCCAUUAUUAUUGAAUGACAGCUGUUCCUUACCAGAUCUAACGACACCACUAAAAAAACGAAGAUUCUAUCAGUUGUUGGAUUCUGCUUAUUCAGAAACCUCCACACCUACUCCUUCUCCAUAUGCCACGCCAACACAUGCUGAUACCACUGCCACAGACCCAUCAUUGUUUGCUACUCCUCCUAGGAUAAAAGCAGAAGAUGAAACUUGUAGGAAUGGUUAUAAACCCAUAUAUUCACCAGUUACCCCCGUGACUCCAUGCAUACAUGGAAAUGCCAUGCACUUUGAGAAUAUUUCCUCACCUGACAGUUCCCCAGAAAUUAAGAGGCGAGCGUACAGUCAAGAGGGAUAUGACAGAUCAUCCACAAUUCUAGCACUAAAUUCUUUCAGAAAUUCCAGUCUGACAGAAACGGGCCUGCAAGAAAUAAAGACUAUUGGAUAUUCUAGUCCAAGGAAUAGGACUGAUGUCACCAGGCAGUGCACUGGAGAAAAGGAAUCUGUAUCAGACCUUCAGCUGGGACUCGAAGUAAUUGAGCAAAGUACACUGCAUAAAAACUUGGAAGCCCCCUCACAUGAUAGGACUGAUUCUAACAGCCAACUAGAAACUGCUCAGUGUGGUCGGGGUACAAUUUAUUCUACAUGGGUAAAAAGCCCAGACAGGACAGGUAUAAAUUUUUCAAUGAAUUCUAAUUUGAGGGACUUGACACCUUCACAUCAGUUGGAAGUAGGAGGUGGAUUCAGAAUAAGUGAGUCAAAGUGCCUGAUUCAAGAUGAUGCAAGAGGCAUGUUUAUGGAAGCAUCUGUUUUUUGUACUUCAGAAGAUGGAAUUGCAUCUGGCUUUGGAAGAACUGUCAAUAACGACAUCUUGAUGGAUGGAAAUUGCACACCCCAGAAUCCUCCACAAAAGAAAAAGGUGUCUUUAUUAGAAUACCGAAAGAGACAACGAGAAGCUAGAAAAAGUGGUUCCAAGACCGAGAGCUUUUCUCUGGUUACCGUAUCUCCUCAUGCUUCUGGUGGAGGAAGUAUAAGCAGUAACAAUGGUGCUAAUGAUGGGUAUAACAGUGGUGAAAAUGGGGAGCAAAUUGAUAACACUGCUAACCUACCUUUACCAUUGCCAGCUACUGUUUAUAAUACAACUCCAGAGGAAACUGGCAACAACUGUCCAACUAAAGAAGCUUCUUCCAGUGAGAAGAAUGAACCAGAAGUUCAAUGGACUGCUUCAACUUCAGUGGAACAAGUGAGGGAGCGAAGUUAUCAAAGAGCUUUACUUCUCAGUGAUCAUAGGAAAGACAAGGACAGUGACCCUGAUCCUGAAAAUCCAGAGUCCACAACUGAAUGUCCGUCCCCAGAUAUUUCUCAAAAGACUUGCAAGAGUCCUUCAAAAGCAAGCAAGCCUUCUUCACCUGGUCCUGUAGUUUCAGCGCCGUCAACUGGGAGAACACCCACAAAACCAGAUUCUCACUGGGAAACUGCAGUUACUACUCCAGAGGCUGAGAAUGUGAAUCAUCCAAAAUCUGAGCUGCAACAAAAACAACUGACAAAUAAUGUCCAAGUACUUUCAAAAACUCACUCAUCUCAGUCACAUUUGCGUAGUUCAACAGAGCAACUUUCCCAUUCACAAAAGCUGCCUUCUGCACCUUUGAAACUGCACUGUCCCCCUUCACCUCAUGUAGAAAAUCCUCCAAAGUCAUCUACUCCUCACACACCUGUACAGCAUGGGUAUCCUUCACCAAAGCCUCACUCACAACAGUUAGGAUCUCCGUACAGACCUCAUCAUCCACAGUCACCUCAAGUUGGAACACCUCAGAGAGAAACACACAGAAGUUUUUAUCCAGCAGCACAGAACCUUCAGCCUGGUAGUCAACAGCAGGCUAGUGGACAGUUGUUCACCCAGGCACCUUCAGGACAAUCUUCAGCAACUUAUAGUCAGUUUAACCAACAAAAUUUGAACAGCAGUGCACCGCCCCCACCUCCUCCCCCACCCCCUUCUUCUUCUACUUACUAUCAAAACCAGCAGCCCUCUGGAAACUUUCAGAGUUAUAGUCAGUUAAAGGGUAGCAUACCCCAACAAACUGUUUUCUCCUCUGGACCAAAUCAAGCACUUCCUGGCACUACAGGCCAGCAAGCAGUUCCAGGACACCAUGUAACUGCAGGGCAUUUUUUGCCAUCUCAGAACCCCAGUAUUCAUCAUCAGGCUUCAGCAUCUGCUGUUCCUCCUCCUCCACCACCACCACCUGCUCCAGGACCUCAUCUUGUACAGCAGCAAAGUUCCCAUCAGCAGCAUUCUGUAGCACACGUAGUAGGUCCAGUUCAUGCUGUGGCAGUAGCCCCUGGAUCACACAUUCAUUCUCAAGCUGCUGGUCACCAUUUGCCACCACCACCUCCACCCCCAGGUCCUCUACCCCACCAUCAACCUCCUCAUUCCACAACAGGACAUCAAAGUCUGCAAGCACAACACCAGCAUGUAGUAAAUUCAGUUCCUCCACCCCCACCACCUCCACCUUCCAAUGUUUUAGGCUCUGGGCAUCACCCAGCAUCAGCACAAGGGUUACACCAUCCAUCACAUCAAGGACCCCCACAUUUUCCUUCAAGUGCAUCUUCCUAUUCAUCACAAGCCCCACAUCAUACAACUUUGGGACCUGGACCUCAACAUCAGCCUGCUGGAACAGGACCUCACUGUCCACUACCGGGUCAAGGUCCUCAUAUCCAACCUCAAGGACCAAACAGUAUUCCAACACCUACAGCUUCAGGAUUCUGUCCUCAUCCUGGCUCUGUAACCCUUCCUCAUGGGGUGCAAGGACCUCAGCAGGCAUCUCCAGUGCCUGGACAAAUUCCUAUUCACAGAGCACAGGUGCCACCAACUUUUCAAAAUAAUUACCAUGGUUCAGGGUGGCAUUAAAAUUGGACCCUUGCUCCUAAACAUUUUAAAAAUGUUUCUGUAAGAUAAACUGUGUAUAUUUCAUAUGUACCUGUUCAAGGUACUUUUUAAAGCUUGUACAUGAUACUUUGUAUAAAAGCAAACACCAGUGCUCUUUCAUUGUAUUCUUUCCAUUGUUUUGCUUUUUUAAAAUUCCUGAAAAUGUGCUGUUCAGCCAGUAUUAGGUAUUUCUUUUUAUUUUGUAAGUGAACAUUCCAGCAGUUUUUUCUGGCAGUAGAUUUGAUGCUGCAUAAUCUUUAAAUUUUAUUGUUGCAGUUAAAUUCAUUUAGUGAAUGUUUUCUAUAUUACUUUUUAUACAUAUGUAAUUAAAUAAGUACACUGAUAGAGAUGGCACGAAUAGGUUUUUCAUUUUCUCCUGUCAACAGUUCUUUGUGUGCAUAUAGCUAGAAAACAAUGCAAUACAGAUUUUUAUAGUUUGGCGUGGACAUGACUUUUGUUCCAUCAGUUAUUUGCAGAAAUGUAAUUUAAUGUAUAGAUUGUUUCUAAUAUCUCUGACAACUGCUGUAAAUAGUGUAUUUCUUUUGCGUGUAAAAUUGCUUAAGGCUUCUUUCAUUUGAUAUAGUACUGUACAUAAUGACAAGUCUCUUUUGCAAAAAUGUGUGAUCUUUGUGGAAGUAGUACAGUAUAUGAUCUUUAAUUUUUUAAUAUACUGUCACAUUGCAGCACUGGUUGGGCAUUUUAAUUCAUGUUAAUAAAUCACAAUUAUGUCAGUUUUAACACUCUGUCCUGAGGGUUGUGUAUUUAAGGAAAAAUAAGGUUAUAAGUGACUGUGUCCAGCGAUUUAAAAAUCUGCCAGGAUUGUGAGUGCUCUAAUUAGAAGUGAUGGUAGUAAUUUAUUUCCUCUUCAAAAAUAAUCUGUGUUCGCAUUUUGUGGAUAUUUUAUUCCUCCUGCAUGAAAAACUGACUGAGGAAAGCUGACCAAUUGCCUAUUCCAUCUGUGAAUCUGUCCAUUAAAGCAGAGGUUCUCAAACUGGGGGGACAUGAAAAGCUUUAGGGGGGAGGUGGGGAACUUGCUGUGCACAUUCAGAGCUGGAUGGGCACGCAGCAACACUGCCAGCAGCAGCGCAGAAGUAAGGGUGACAAUACAUGCCACUCUUAAUUCUGUGCUGCCUUCACAGCUACCAGGUGCCAGCCAGCAACUGCUCUCUGGCUGCCCAGCUCUGAAGGUGGGGGAUGUAAACUACUACAGCCACAAAGAAGAGGGGGCAAUGAUGAAAUAAGUUUGAGAACCACUGCAUCAAAGGUUAGUGUGUUCUUUUCCUGCUAGUCUUAGUGAUUAGAGAUGAGGAAAAACUACUUGGAAUAUCAGUGUACUGUCAGUUUACUGAAACGUGUUACAUUAUACAAAACUAAUCCACACAGUUUAUGCAUUGUACAUGAUAAAUAUUCAUACAUUGGUACAGUUACAGACCAGAUCCAUACCAAACAUGUUUCAAAUAUUGGUUAUUCUGAUCUUGAAGAUAGACCACAGUAACAUUUGCACAUAUUUUAGUACCUAUCUAGGUAUGUUUCCUAUUCUAAAAGUUCAAAAUAGAACUCCAACAUGUAUGGCUUGUCAGAUUUUGUAAAAUAAUUCCUGAAAUGCACUAAGUCAUUGUUAUAGUGUAGUACUUACAAUAAAUGACCUACCUACAUUGUGAAGAGAAGACAUUUCAACAUAAAAAUGAAAGAUUUAUGAACUUUAUUACCAAAAGAGAGGAGAUGGGUAUGUUUUUGUGGCAAAGAGUAACAUGGAGGUAAUAGACUUAACAAAAAUGAAUAAAAUGCAAAUUCAGUGUUUUAAUUUGACUAUAUAUCUAGGAUAAGAUAUCUGUAUGGUAGCUAAGAUAUGGCCACUAUGCUUGAAUACAGAAUAAAUGUGUGCACCAAUUUUUAUGCUAUAGAACACAAAGACAAGCCUUUAAUCAUCUUAUUAAAUACCAGUCUGGUAGUAGGACCAAUUAUUUCAGAUCUUAAAACUAAUUCAGUUGGCUAUAUGUAAUUUUAAAGAAACAGUACAAGUUUAAUUAGCCCUGUGAAACUAACUGAUGUCAUGUGGGUGUCAAGUAACUUUUCUACUGUAGCUGAUUGUGGAUGUUAAGUUUAUUUAACAUUAAAUUUUUUAAGAAUCAGGAACAUCCACCAGUUUAUAAAAAGCUAGUAUAUCAGACUGAGUAAAGAGGAACUGUUGCUUUGUCUUUAUGUGCAACUGCUACUGGUGAAAGAAGGCAUUGGACUGGUAACAGCAUUAGAAAUUUAUUUUCUUACUACUCCAGGAAAGAUAAUUGUUUCAUAUCACAUCCUUGUUUUUUCUCCUGAGUCUAGCAACCAAAGUCUACUAGGAAUUGGCCAAGACCAUCAACUAAUUAAACAAUCAGAUAGCUUACAGUCAACGCCAAUGACCAGAGCUUUGUACAUAUAACCUCCUUAUCCCAACCCUAUAGAUCCACAAUUUAUUACUUUACUGUGGUGUUCAAAGCCAUUGCAUUCAUAAAAGUGAGUGGAUCAUUAGCUAGCUUGGAAGCAAGAAUUUAUAUUUUGUACAAGACAGUCAAAAAUAUUUUGUCAGUUUAAACUGAGUAGCUACAGCUUUUGAAAGAAAUGAGUAAAAGACAUAAUAAAUGUC